AUGAAAUUAAGUGUACCUUUAUCCCAUUCUCCUUCUAACUUCUCCAAACAACUUAUUCAAUAGCAAAAAUAAUUGUGCUUGUUCAAAGUUCGCAAGUAACUAUAACAUUUGAAUGAUCCAUUUGACUCUACCGAAAUAUCUCGUGCUCUCAGAAAUCUAGAAACUUAGUAAUAAAGAAAACAACUCUUAGAUUCAAUAAUCAAAAUGAGGGAAACAAAAAGAACACAAGAAGAACAGUUAAAAUAGGAAUAGUUACAAAGAUUAUGGGUUAAGGCCAAUUAAACUAAUAGCAAAAAGUUAAAUACAAAUUAUGUCUAUCAUCGAGAUCUAGACGAUUUUGAGUCAAUCAAAUAAUCCAGAUAUCGUUUUGAAUCUGAGAGGAUUGAAAAUUUCUAUUUAAGGAACGAAGGCAAACAUCAUAAUUUCCAUCGAGUUAGUAGUUUGGCCUGUUUGACGACUGAUUUGGAGAAAAAGAAGAUAUUGAUCCCAUUGAUAACACGGAAAGAUAGAAAGAAUUUCACGAUAGUCAAUUGA